UCGUUUCUUUUCCAUCGAGCACUACUCCACUCGCUAGACGCGUGCGUAUACACGCCAACUCUUGACUUCUUUUGCCUUCUACUAUUUUCUACUCACUCGGGACGCUGCGCACGAAGCAAUGGAAGCACACUACACGACACAACUGCUGCUAUAUUAUAAUCCUCGUCGAAGAGCUAGUCUCCGCCUCCUCGACGAUACUCGGCUGCUGCUGCUGCUGCUGCUGCUACGAUGUGAUGAUGUACUGAACUGCUGCCGUCGAUCGAGCAACGAUCGUUGUGAGCGCGAAGUUGGCCACAGACUGGAUUCUGGAAAGCAGCGUAGCAGCAGCAGUGACACACGGACUACGUAUAGGGGCCUCUGUGCGCGCGUGUGUGUAUGUGCGCAGACAAGAUGGCGGACUUCCCCUUCCCUCAGCGCUUUCUCGGUCUUUCUCUCGCUCUGCAGCCGCGCGCGUAUUAUAUUAUGCGGGCUUGACGGAGGACGGAAGAGGUUUAUGGCUCUAUAUGCAUGCUGCCGCUGAUGAACUUACCUACCUCUACGCUUUCCUCCGGGUUUCCUUCCCCUCAACGAGUCUCCAAUAAUAGGCCGAGUGGAGAGCAGAUGUCUCGACUGCGCGCCGAUCGAUGUCCCUCUUCUCUCUCUCUCUCUCUCUCUCUCUCUCUCUCUCUCUCUCUCUCUCUCUCUCUCUCUCUGAUGCGCUUUUCUUGCAGCUUUGCUGUGUAUUGCUCUACGAGAAACUGUCUUGUGUAUUAUGUAUAUGCGGUGCAGUUAUCGGGAUGUGAACGGCGAAUUUUGAUACGGAGACCGAAAAAAACACGCGCGCGAUAGCUCGCAAACACGACGAUUGUCGCUCUGCUUCGCAAUGUAUGCAAACACGCGAGUCGAGUAGCGCAUAUAGAGAGACAAAUUAAAUGUUCACUGUGUCCCUCUGCUGUGGUGUAUCGGCGAUAAAAAAAAAAGAGGAUUUUUUGUUAUUCGUGUGUUGGUAUAUCUAUAUUACAUCGGACGAUUUCAGCGCCAGCUCGGUCGGUAGUGCAGGGGACUCGGCUGAUUUUUCAAUCCCACGAAGUUAACGUUUUCGAAUAUUUGAAAAUAAAUUCUAUUUUCAUCGAAACAAUUACGUCAUAUGGCUUUAGGCUUUUGGGAUUACGAUAAAGAGUUGAAAUCACGUGAUGGAAAUCGUCUGAAUAAAAAAUUGGGACAACGGCUUUAUCAUGCAGAGUACAGCACAUGCGCACAUGAACGCUCCGUAGCAGAACCGUGUUCUACUUAUUGCUCACUUUACUAUAACCUACUAUAACCUACAACAAACCACACGCACUCUUGGAUACAUUUGCUCCAUCUUUUGAAAUUCAUAUAAUAACAAAAAUUGUUAGGUAAAGUGCGUUUUCGAAAAUGCAACUUUGAGCGUCGAAAUUCGAUUUCGGAACACGCGUCGAUUGCGAGAUAAACAAUGCUGCGGAACGAAAUUUUAGGACUUUACAAGAGUCUUCUGAGGUACAGCGAAACUUUGCGAUACACCGAUAAAAAGUACUUCGUCCACCGGGUUCGAAGGGGUUUUUUGGAAAACAAAGAACUCACGGACAAGGCCAAGAUAGAAUUCCAGUACAAGAAGGGGAUCGCGCUAUUGAAGCACAAGAGAGUGGUUUGAUAGUAAAAUGCUGGGCAAAAUAUUUCAAAAGCAUUGCGGCACGCAACUCCUCUAUGAUUUCACCAACAGAGCCGUAUUCGCAAGUGCGCAGCAGUCCUACUCUAUGAAGAGUCGCAUAGAUACGUCCAAAGUGCCCAAGAUAAACGAGGACGACCUCGAGAUUCAGUACGUCAGGGGAAGCGGUCCAGGAGGUCAGUCAACCAACAAAACAAGCAACAAUGUGGUCAUGAAGCACUUGCCUACGGGCUUGGUUAUCAAGUGCCACGAGACCAGGAGUCAGACGCAAAACUUAAAAAUUGCCAAAGAAAAACUGAUCAACAAACUGGAUUUGCUUUACAAUGGCGAAGACGCCGUGGAAAAUCAAAAAAAGAAGUUACUGGCGAAAAAGACUUCGGAGAAACAGAGGCGGCAGAAAAAGCGAGCUGCACUGAAAGCGAGUUUCAAGGAGAGUCUGGAAAACGAGGAGGAUGCGAAGAAGGAUGAGUAGGGGCGAUUGCGUGACAAUAUUCUCAUUGUACAUAUAUAAAUAAAAGUUUUUACGAAAAGUAAUAA